AUGCGGGGAAUCUCUCCGCCCGACUCAGCCUUUCCACUUCCACCUCUUUAUCUAAACCAGAUAGUAUGCCCUCAUGUCGUCCAUCGCCCGGCCACCAGACCCGUGCUUGGUGGCCAUCAUCCUGAUUGUGCGCUCGCGCACUGGACCCCGCCUGGUCUUUCACUACCCCCCAACCCGCUGAGCGAGAAUCGCUUGAAAACCAUCACCAAGGGCGGCCGGCGCAUCUCCCGCGCGCGCCACAGACAGGGAGCCAAGAGCACCGACUCCAGCUCGAGCGACGAGAGUAGCAUCAGCUCCGACGAGGAUGAGGAGGAGAGAGAGAGCCAUUUGGGUGGGAGCUCCGUGCUGGGCGGACGGCGGACGAGCAACUUCGGUCUGGACGACCACGCGUCCGUCACGGUGCCGCCCGCAAGCGUGGAACCGCACCGCCCCGGAUCUCUAGGAUCUGGUCGGGGCUCUUCGAUGCGGAAACGCGCAGGUGCAAGCUCCGACCAGGAAGAGGAUCCGGGGGCGGCAUCAGAUCGGCCAGAUGAUGGACCUGGAGCCUCGUCGCGGCCCUGGGAGUCCCUUUUGGGGCUUCCGGGGAAUGUGUGGGAGAAGCUUCUCAGCCCGUCGCGGUCCUGGCAUAAGCGGCGAUUCGAGGUCGGAAUCAAUGACCUGGCCUUGAUGGGAUGGCCGGUCUUCGUUCGCGAGGAUGGUACCUGGCGGAAACAAAAACGGAAGAAGAAAAAGAAGUCCCCCGCCGCUGAAUGGGAUGGAGGCGAGCUGGGUCAUAAUGAGGAUGCCGAGGGAGCCCCUGGCGCAGAGAAGGGCAUUGCAUCCCCUGCGUUGGGAGCCACUGCUGCCCCCGGCGCGGACUUGCCCGCUGCAUCCUCAGAGGCCAAGCGCACCCCGUCUGCGAGCAAGAUCGGGAAGCCGCCAGAGGGCGCGGUCGACCCAGAGGACAAGGACUCCAUGACAAUGUUCAAUGUGGUGUUUGUCAUGGAUCCUCCGCUACUGGAGUACUCCAUGCGCGUCAAGGAAAUCUACGAAAACAUCAUCAAGAAGUUUACCAAAGCUUUAAAAUGGGAGCAGGCUCGCACUGGUUAUGUAUGGAAGGAAUCUCAGCACAUCUUACAAGUGAGACGAAAAGCCCGGGAAACAAAAACAUCCGUCAACAGUCUCUAUUCUGAUCUCAUCGCUCAGUCUUCGCUGGCGAGGGCUAUUUACACCAUAUAUAGCAGUAUCUCAGCGUCAAAGAUUGCGUCUGUCUCGCUGAGCCCCGAUGUCUCCAUCUCGCUGCAAAUCCCGCCUCUGACCUCCACGUCAUAUCUCGCUGGCCCGACAGAUCAAGCAUAUCCGGGGCUAUGGCUGACCACCGCAGACAAUGUGACACCCAUUGAUGACCCGGGUGCGGCGGAUGGGAACAAUGCACCACAUCAGGUCCUGGCCAAACACUUUGCUCUACUCCUCUUGGACAGCGAAGCGGCCAUCAUCAAGGAUGUCGAGACUUCCGGCGGUGCAAUGGCUCCUGCACUGGCCCACUACAUCCGUUGCUCCAAGCCCACCAAGUCAUUUGCCCAAAUCUCCGCGUCCUCGGGGAUUUCGCUCACCACCAUUCAGAUGCUUGCCAGUCAUCUUGUCUACUGGCGCCGUGCUCGUGCCAUCCCUCCUCUCCAUCAGCGAGACACAUACAUCGUAUCCCCGAAUUGCGACCUGAGCAAACUCGAGGUCGCCACUAUCGCCUACCAAGCGGCCUUUCCGACACUUCCCACCCUACCAAAGAUGCUGGCCAUGCUCAGCGGAACCCCUCGGCCCUACAGUACCCUCAUCCCCAGUAAAGACCACAAAGAACCCUACUUUGCCAUUCUCGCGUGGCUCCUCCGCGGCGGAUGGGUGACGCAGCUGCGAACGUUUGCCUGGAUCAAGGUCUCCCCCGAGAUCAAACGAGCCGUCGAGAGUGCCCUCCGCAAAGAAGAAGUGGACCGAUACCUCGCCAAAGGCAGCGCAAACUCGCUCUCCACAACGGACGGCCAGAAUGACUCUGACGAUGAUGAUGACGCCAACUCCUCCUCCUCUUCCUCUCUCGCAAGCCACGGCAGCGGAGACAACACGCCCAUGCCCGGCCGAUACGAUGCGCACGCCCAGCUCCGAACGUCCCACAAACUCUUAGAUCGAUCAACCGCGCUCCGCCUGUCCUCCCUGAUCCUAUCUCCGCACCGCGCAUCCCCGCUCGAGUCGCGCUGGCUCGACGAAAUCGUGUCUAGAUUCCCCGACCGGCCCGGCGGCCCCGGGGAAGGGCUCCUGAGCAUUAGCCCAGAACUCGCGCCCAAGGACCUUCAGACUUUACUGAAGAAGUACUGGCCCAUCUUUCUCAAGUACUUGAAUGGGUAUGAUGCUCUGGAGAAGAUCUCUGUACGCGAGAAUCUGAAGCGCAAACUUGUGUGGCAGAUCCUCUUGCGCUUGGGCCUGAGUGGCAUGUCCGGGCCUGGUGAGCUGGACGCCCGGGAGCAGGUGCUUAUCAGUGUUCGACACUGGUAG